GUCAUACUGUGGCACGGAGCUCGAGCUGCCCCGCUUAUCUCAAUGUUUCCUCUAUCUCAAAGAAGACUUUUCCUCUCUUGUUACUCGACAACGAUUCAGAAAUUAAUUGCUCGUUCAAUAUCGACAUAAAAUUGCCGGAUUGAAGCUGUACAGCAGUUAUACCUACAUAUACGACCUCACUCGUACCCUCGAACUCCAUGGCUUGCUCCGCAGCCUUGUCUUUUGGACUACCAUCCGCUUCUUCACGCCAUGUUCAUAAACCCACAAAUGAACGGAGCCUCAUUAUCCUUGAUGAGUCGCGGAAGUGCAAUGAUCGUAUGCCUGAUGUCGAACUCCUAGCCACGAAUAACCCUCAUGCAUUCAUCAGCCACGAAGCGGGCAGUACUCAAAAUCCACCUCGUCGAGUUACUACUAGGUGUGGUAAUAGAACUUUCUAUCAGCUCUGGAUCUCCCAACUCCAAGACCUUGUUAUGAUAUUCCUGAGAAGUCUUCCUUGGACUUGGGAUCUGGACAUUCUACGUUGCGGUCGCUUAGCAGGAACACGUGACAGAGAGGAAGGAGCUGGAGAGAUUUCUGCGGCGGGUACAUCUUCCCACAGGACUCAAAAUCAGCAGGAUUUAUAUCAUUGGAAAAAAUGAGUUUAUAACUAGCUAUGUAUGUUGAUAUCGAAUAUGUCGUAUGACCAAAUGACUGGGCUUGUGCAUUGUCCUGGCACAUUUUGUCAUUGUUUACUUUGGGUGAAUGGCAUCAAGUAUUGGCACUCAGCAACGAAGACCCGUCGAGAUUUAAUUUCAAGUCAUACAUCAUCUAUGUCAUAGAGCUUUGGAACGCAUAUACAUUUGUUAGACGGACUAUUAGGCAGGCAGUGAAU